AUGUCAGUCGUAGCAGCGGGUUUUGCGGCUACCGGAGAGAGACUGGUUGGCUGCCGUCGCUUCGUAAGAAUAAGGCAGCGCUUGGAGAUGGGCAUCUUCUCCCUGCUGCUUCUGCUGCCUUUGGUAUCCAGCUUGGAUUUCCGCUACCACCACACCAACGAGCUGGAAGCUUUUCUGAAGGAGAUGCAGAAGAAUUACCCUGCCAUCACUCACUUGUACAGCAUUGGCAAGUCAGUACAAGGUAGAGACCUCUGGGUUCUUGCUCUGGGAAGGUCUCCAACCCAGCAUAAGAUUGGCAUACCAGAGUUCAAGUAUGUUGGUAAUAUGCAUGGGAAUGAGGCUCUUGGGCGGGAACUGCUUCUCCAUUUGAUUAAAUAUUUGGUGGAAAGCGAUCAACGUGAUCCAGUCAUUACAAAACUCAUUAACCACACGCGGAUACAUAUCAUGCCUUCAAUGAACCCUGAUGGUUUUGAAGCAUCAGUAAUGUUUGAGUGUGCAUCCACAAUUGGCAGGUACAAUGCUAAUAAAAAAGAUCUGAACAGGAAUUUUCCUGAUCAUUUUACCACCAAUAAUCAAAUUAUCCAGCCAGAGACUAAAGCAGUUAUGAACUGGAUAAAUACUGGAAUGUUUGUUCUUUCUGCUAAUCUGCAUGGUGGAGCACUGGUUGCAAGUUACCCCUUUGAUAAUGGCAAUCUUGUUACAAUUGAUGCAAAUGGUGUUAGCAAAACAGUGGACGAUGAUGUUUUUGUUCAUCUUGCAAACACAUAUGCUAACAAUCAUCGCACAAUGAAUAAAGGGAUUGUGUGUGAUGAUAUGAAUUACUUUAAAAAUGGCAUUACAAAUGGAUAUUACUGGUAUACAGUGAAAGGUAGCAUGCAGGAUUAUAAUUAUGUUUGGGGACAAUGCUUUGACAUUACAUUGGAGUUAUCAUGUUGUCACUAUCCCUUAGAAGACAAGAUUCAAGAUUUCUGGGAUAACAAUAAAAUUGCUUUGAUUGAAUACAUUAAACAAAUUCAUCUAGGUGUAAAAGGUCGUGUUCUGAAUCCAAAUAACAAACCAAUUGCAAAUGUGAUAGUGGAAGUUCAAGGAAGGAGGCACAUAUGUCCUUACAAAACCAAUAAAAAUGGAGAAUAUUACCUUCUCCUCUUGCCUGGAGUCUACACUCUCAAUGCAACCCUCCCUGGAUUUAUGUCAUUACAACAGGAAGUGGUUUUACCAAAUGGUGCAGAAAAAUUCAGUGCCUAUGAAUUUGAUUUUAUUUUCUCAAUGGAAUCUACCUCAGAAAAGUCUGUUCCAUGCCCAUUGAAAUCACUUUACUCAAACAGUAUUAGUAGAUUUACUAUUACAGUGCUUAGUAUUAACUUUCUAAUUUUUGUAUAUAUAGUCAUAUAAAAAUUUGUAUUUUUAAAUUUGCUUUUUAACAGUUGUAUGUACUCGACUAUAGAAGAUUUUAAAGCAUUGAGAUAUUCUGGAUAAUAAAACCUUUGAAUUAACAACUGCAUUUUGUUUCAACCUUUGAGAGUAAGGAAAUGUGCACUCAGGUCACAGUGGUAUAAUUAUUUGUUAAUUUAAUGAAACAUCUUCACUUAAAAUAGAAUUUCUAAUAGAAUUUCUAACACAACUGGCUUUUAGGGAUAAAAGUGAGAAGUCAGAAGAGAUCAAUAGCAUGUUUUACGUGGUCAGUCUUCUCAUUAAGACGAAUGCAACUAUUUGCUUCAAGUUUUUUCCACUGUUCAGGGCGUCUGUACACACAUGGAACCUACUCUGAGCAACCUGAGCCAAUGGAGUGAUUUUAUUAGUACCUACUAAGCAUCUAUAACAAAUGCUCUUGGAUAUGGUGCUGUAUAAAAAAGCAUAAUCUGUUGCUUUUACCUUUCCUCGUCUCUCCUUGGAAUCACAUUUUAGAACUCUAAAUUAGGGAAAAUAUUUCAGUGAAAAACUAUUUUUACAUUCCAAAAGUGCAGUACUAAUGCAGUUUUGCCCCAGAAUACAAAUGGGGAAAUACUAUUUUAUAUGCAUGCACACACACCCCCAAGAAAUACAACAUAUUAUGGAGGCUCUUCUUUGUCAGAUCUCAUUUUAGAAAAUAAAGCUUCAAGUAAAUUGAUCAUCAUCUACAAUCUUUAGAUUGUACGUUUGGAAAGAAAGAAUUAACAUUACAUAUUGUUGCCUCUCCCCACUACCAA